AUGACUCAAAAAGAACUCAUCUCCAUGUCUCUCACCAGAGCUGCAACUCAGUCCAGGAUGGCAUCAGAAAAGACCACAAAGAAAGACCUGCUGAAGGCUGAGGAACAGCAGCAAGCGAGUGCUGUUGAUCGGGUCACCAGCUUCCCCUUGCUAAACUCUGCUUUCAACCUGGUUUCAUCUGCCUACAACUACACCAAGGAGACCCAUCCUUGCCUCAGUGGUGUCUGCAACGUGGCUGAGACUGUGGCUGCUGUGGCAGUUGGCAGUGUGGUUGGUGGGGCACAGCCCAUCCUGAACCAACUUGAGCCACAAAUUGCACUUGUAAAUGAAUAUGCCUGUAAAGGGCUGGAUCAACUGGAGGAGAACUUGCCUUUUCUUCAACAACCAGCAGACAAGGUCCUCUCAGACACCAAGCAGCUGGUUUCCACCAAAGUGAUGUCUGCCAUGGAUGCUGCCUCUGCCCAGGGUGCCAAGGACCUGGUGACUAACAAGGUGACUGAGGCAGUGGACCUAACCAAAGGGGCUGUUCAGGAUGGUGUUGAGAAGACCAAAUCAGUGGUCACUUCUACAACUAAUUCAGUGGUGACCAACAGCAUAAGCAAAGCCAAAGCAGUGAGCCAAGCAGUGGCAGGUGGAGCAGAAUCUGUCCUGGGAAUGUCAGAAGAUCUGGUGGAUCAUUACCUGCCCAUGACAGAGGAGGAACUAGGUAAACUGGCCACUGCUGUGGAGGGAUCUGGCGUGGCUUCUGUGGAGGAGCAGAAGCAGCAGAAGAGCUACUUUGUGCGCUUGGGCUCCCUCUCUGGCCAAGCGCGGCGCCGAGCCCUCCAGCACUCCCUCUGCAAACUGCAGCGCCUCAGGAAAAGCACCCAGGACACUCUCUCACGACUGCAGCUGGCCAUAGAACUGAUUGAAUCUGUGAAACAAGAGGUUGGCCAGAAGCUUCUGGAUGGGCAAGAGAAGCUCCAUCGGCUGUGGGUGGACUGGAGCCUGACCCAACCCAAAGGAAACCAAGUCAAAACUGCCUGCGAAGGAGAGGGAGAGGCACGGACUCUAGCCAUGCUGCGCAUCAUCACCCGGCACCUCCAACCUGCCUUCGAGAACCUGAAAGCCAGCACCCAAGGCCUCCCCAGCCACAUCCAAGAAGCUGUAUAUCAGGCUACUCAAAGUAUCCAUAAGCUCCAUAGGUCUUUUUCCAAUGCUAUGUCUUUUCAGGACCUCUCCAGCACCACCCUGACCCAGAGCCAGGACUGUGUGGCAGAAGCCCGGAGGUCCCUAGAUGACCUGUUCGAGUAUGUAACUCAGAACACCCCUCCAAACUGGCUGGUGGGUCCCUUCAGGGCAAUAGCUAAAGUGUCACAGGGUGGCAGAAAGGAGAAGAAGAAAGAAAGGGUGACUGAUACAAAAUCAGCCAUGUUGGAAAAGGCUACAUCAUCAAAGGAGGUGGCUGAGACACCCAAAGAACCAAAGGCAGCCAAAAGAAUCUCAGGGGAAUGCAUUAAGAAGCUGGCAAAGGAGGCAGCCUUUGCCAGGAGUUACUCUGCCACGCUGGUGGGAUAUCCUGUUAUUAAAGCAGGGGAGGCUCAGCUGCACCUGCACCGCUCCUGCUGCCCCCGCUCCCGGGAUCCUGACCCUUCCCACGGGAACUGCCACCAGCCUCUCGCUAGAGGGAAGCGUCGCUUCCCGCACCGAGCCCGAGCCCCGCGCACCGGCCGCCCGCAGCGCCGGGACCGAUGCUCCGCCGGCUUCCGCCACCGGCGCUGGGCCCCUUCCCCCGGGGGGGCAGAUGGCAGCUCCCCCGGGCCGGUCCGCUCGGGGUGCUCGUACCCCCGGGUACCCCCCGGGCUCGCUGCGGGCUGCCCUGGCCCCGCUCCGCCCCGGCCCUGCCCCGCCCAGCCCCGCCACCCGCCGCUUCCUCGUGUGCCAGCAGGCCCCGCGGCCCCGGCCGGUCCCCGCGGCCCCGGGAGGUCCCUACGAGCCCCGGGAGGUCCCUACGAGCCCCGGGCCCACAGCAGCCCCGAUCGCUCCGCUGGACCCCGGCUCGGCGGGAAGCGCAGCCUGGGCAGCGGGACGAGCCGGCCCCGCCGCACCGAGCCCUCCCGCACCGAGCCCUCCCGCACCGAGCCGUCCCGCGGAGCAGGACCCCCGGAGGUUCUUCAGGAUAGAGAGGUCUCAGUUCUGAUGAGCCCCUGA